CCCGGAGGGAUGGGGCGGGCUGCCACCGCCGCCUAAGAUGCCGGCCAUGCGGGGGCUCCUGGCGCCACAGAACACCUUCCUGGACACCAUCGCCACGCGCUUCGACGGCACGCAUAGUAACUUCGUGCUGGGCAACGCCCAGGUUGCGGGGCUCUUCCCUGUAGUCUACUGCUCUGAUGGCUUCUGUGACCUCACGGGCUUCUCCAGGGCUGAGGUCAUGCAGCGGGGCUGCGCCUGCUCCUUCCUGUAUGGGCCAGACACCAGUGAGCUGGUCCGCCAACAGAUCCGAAAGGCCCUGGAUGAGCACAAGGAGUUCAAGGCCGAGCUGAUCCUGUACCGGAAGAGCGGGCUCCCGUUCUGGUGUCUCCUGGACGUGAUCCCCAUAAAGAAUGAGAAGGGGGAGGUAGCCCUCUUCCUGGUCUCUCACAAGGACAUCAGUGACACCAAGAACAGAGGAGGCCCCGACAGCUGGAAGGAGACAGGUCGUGGCCGGCGCCGUUAUGGCCGGGCAGGGUCCAAAGGCUUUAAUGCCAACCGUCGGCGGAGCCGAGCUGUGCUCUACCAUCUCUCUGGCCACUUGCAGAAGCAACCCAAGGGCAAGCACAAGCUCAAUAAGGGAGUGUUUGGAGAGAAGCCAAACUUGCCUGAAUAUAAAGUUGCUGCCAUCCGGAAGUCACCCUUCAUCUUGCUGCACUGUGGGGCUCUGAGAGCCACCUGGGACGGCUUCAUUUUGCUCGCCACCCUCUAUGUGGCUGUCACUGUGCCCUACAGCGUAUGUGUGAGCACAGCCCGGGAGCCCAGCGCUGCACGUGGCCCACCCAGUGUCUGUGACCUGGCCGUGGAGGUCCUCUUCAUCCUUGAUAUUGUACUGAACUUCCGCACCACAUUUGUGUCCAAGUCGGGGCAGGUAGUAUUUGCUCCAAAAUCCAUUUGCCUCCACUAUGUCACCACCUGGUUCCUGCUGGAUGUCAUAGCAGCGCUGCCCUUUGACCUGCUACAUGCCUUCAAGGUCAACGUGUACUUUGGGGCCCACUUGCUGAAGACUGUGCGGCUGCUGCGCCUACUGCGGCUGCUGCCGAGGCUGGACCGGUACUCACAGUACAGCGCCGUGGUGCUCACUCUGCUCAUGGCAGUGUUCGCCCUACUUGCUCACUGGGUGGCCUGCGUCUGGUUCUACAUCGGCCAGCAGGAGAUUGAGAGCAGUGAAUCUGAGCUGCCUGAGAUAGGCUGGCUGCAGGAGCUGGCACGCCGGCUGGAGACGCCCUAUUACCUGGUAGGCCGGAGCCCAGGUGGAGGGAACAGCUCUGGCCACAGUGACAACUGCAGCAGCAGCAGCAGCGAGGCCAAUGGAACUGGGCUGGAGCUUCUGGGUGGCCCAUCUCUGCGCAGUGCCUACAUCACCUCCCUCUACUUCGCACUCAGCAGCCUCACCAGUGUGGGCUUUGGCAAUGUGUCCGCCAACACGGACACUGAGAAGAUCUUCUCCAUCUGCACCAUGCUUAUAGGAGCUUUGAUGCAUGCAGUGGUGUUUGGAAAUGUGACAGCCAUCAUCCAGCGCAUGUACGCCCGCCGCUUUCUGUACCACAGCCGCACACGUGACCUGCGAGAUUACAUCCGCAUCCACCGCAUCCCCAAGCCCCUCAAGCAGCGCAUGCUUGAGUACUUCCAAGCCACCUGGGCUGUGAACAAUGGCAUUGACACCACUGAGUUGCUGCAGAGCCUCCCAGAUGAGCUGCGCGCAGACAUCGCCAUGCACCUGCACAAGGAGGUCCUGCAGCUGCCGCUCUUCGAGGCAGCCAGUCGCGGCUGCCUGCGGGCAUUGUCCUUGGCCCUGCGGCCUGCCUUCUGCACACCUGGCGAGUACCUCAUUCACCAAGGUGACGCUCUGCAGGCCCUCUACUUUGUCUGCUCAGGUUCCAUGGAGGUGCUCAAGGGGGGCACCGUGCUCGCCAUCCUAGGGAAAGGUGACCUGAUUGGCUGUGAACUGCCCCAGCGGGAGCAGGUAGUGAAGGCCAAUGCAGAUGUGAAGGGGCUGACAUAUUGCGUCCUUCAGUGUCUGCAGCUGGCUGGGCUGCACGAGAGCCUUGCACUGUACCCUGAAUUUGCCCCACGAUUCAGCCGUGGCCUCCGAGGGGAACUCAGCUAUAACCUGGGUGCUGGAGGUUCUGCCGAGGUGGAUACCAGCUCUCUGAGUGGUGACAACACCCUCAUGUCCACCCUGGAGGAGAAGGAGACCGAUGGGGAACAGGGCCCCACAGCCUCACCAGCCCCGGCAGAUGAGCCCUCCAGCCCCCUGCUAUCACCUGGCUGUACCUCCUCCUCUUCAGCUGCCAAGCUGCUAUCCCCACGUAGACCUGUACCACGGUCACGCCUCGGUGGCAGAGGGCGGCCAAGCAGAGCAGGGGCUUUGAAGCCAGAGGCUGGCCCCUCUGCUCACCCACGUACUCUAGAGGGGCUGCGGCUGCCCUCCAUGCCUUGGAAUGUGCCCCCGGAUCUGAGCCCCAGGGUCGUAGAUGGCAUUGAGGAUGGCUGUGGCUCUGAUCAGCCUAAGUUCUCGUUCCGAGUGGGUCAGUCUGGCCCAGAAUGUAGCAGCACCCCCUCCCCUGGACCAGCCCUGGCUGAUAACCCCAUCCUGUCCACAGAGAAUGGCCUGCUCACUGUCCCCCUUGGGCCUAGUGAGGCAAGGAGCGCAGAUACGCUGGACAAGCUGCAGCAGGCGGUGAUGGAGCUUUCUGAGCAGGUGCUGCAGAUGCGAGAGGGACUGCAGUCCCUUCGUCAGGCUGUGCAGCUCAUCUUGGUGCCCCACGGGGAAGGCUCGUGUCCACAGGCAUCAGAAGACCCAUGUUCCACCAGCUCCUCUAGGCUCUUACAGCCUCUGCGUGUGGAUACUGGGGCAUCCUCCUAUUGUCUGCAGCCCCCAGCUGCCUCUGUCUUGAGUGGGACCUGGCCUCACCCCCGUCCAGGACCUCCUCCCCUCAUGGCACCCUGGCCCUGGGGCCCCCCAGCAUCUCAGAGCUCCCCCUGGCCUCGAGCCACAGCUUUAUGGACCUCCACCUCAGACUCAGAGCCCACUGGCUCUGGAGACCUCUGCUCUGAGCCCAGCACCCCAGCCUCACCUCCUCCUAAUCAGGAAGGGGCUAGGACUGGGCCCCCUGAGCCCAUAAGCCCGGCUGAGGCUACCAGCACUGGAGAGCCCCCACCAGGUUCAGGGGGCCAGGCUUUGCCCUGGGACCCCCACAGCCUAGAGAUGGUGCUCAUUGGCUGCCAUGGUCCUGGCACAGUCCAGUGGACCCAGGAAGAAGGCACAGGGGUCUGAUUUCUGACUGCCAGCUGGAGCUCAGUACUGCAACACCAUCACCUGCUGCUCUCCAGCCUCAACUCCAAGCUGCCCGCUGGCUCAGGGCAAGGUGCAUGAGAAAGAAGGAGGGCUUGCCUGGUCUGGCAGGCCCCAGGCUAGGGAUCUUCAGGCUCUGCUCUGCUGACCUCCUGAGGACAAGAAAGGGUUACCCAUCCCAUGCAUGUGACCCUGUUUCCACCUGUCCUCACAUUUUUUUUUUU